ACAACUCAGCUUCUAGAGGCAUAAAAAUAGCCUCUUGCCGGCCCUUCUCAUCCUCAAAAUCACCUGAACUUCUUAAUUUCCUUUUGACAUUUCGAUGGCUAAGGUUCAUCCUCAAGCAACCGUUUCUGAUCCUUGCAGUAUGAGUUCAGCUGGAAGAGAAACAUUCACGAUAUGGAUGAAAUCGCUUGUUUGCCACACCAAUGGUUGCACCGUCUUUGAUUCAAAAGGGGAGAUUGUGUAUCGUGUCGAAAAUUAUGACAGCAAGGGCAGCAGUGAAGUUCAUCUCAUGGACCUGCGUGGCCAAGUUCUCUUUACCAUACUAAAACAGAAACUACAACUUUUUGGAUGUUGGAAUGGCUACAGAGGGAGCUUCACUGGCAGAAAGAAGGAAAACCCAUACUUUCAAGUCAAGAAAUACCGCAGCAUUAUCCAGAGAGAUUUAUCUUGUCAAGUAUCUGUGGGUUUUGACAAGUACUGGAUAGUUAGCUUAGGUCGCAAGAAACAAGGAUUUAAGAUGGUAAACUUAGCAGGAGAUAUUGUAGCAGAGGUGAAGCAGAGGCAAUUAUCAUCUGGGAUGGUGUUAGGAGAUGAUGUAUUAACUUUGGAAGCAGAACCCUCUAUUAAUCAUUCCCUAGUCGUUGCUCUCGUUACGGUUUAUGGAUUGAUCAAUAGGAGAUUGUAGAUAAACAAUUUCAAAAAUUUCGGGAAAGACACUAAGCAAGAGAAGCAUAUAUACAUGUUUGCAUGAAGUAUAGGCUUCUUCCAGAUAUAGCAGAGUGCAUAUAAAUAGGGACUCUCAUUCUGUUGUUUCAGAUUUUUCUUUUUUUCCGUAUUUCAGGAUUUGUAUAUCCUUAGGAUGGAAAACCAAUGCUAGGUUUAUUAUUGUAAUUGACAGAAGAAAAGAAGAUAGGAAGAAAAGAAAAGAAAAGAAAAGGUAUAGGAAAUAGAUCUCGAUUAAUUUGUAUUCAUCAGAGCUAGCCAGAGCAUAAACGUUCAGCCCAAAGCAUGUUACAGAUGUGAUGAUUUCUGUUCUUAUAAUUUUUUUGAGAAGAUUGUGCCAAAUGAAAUUUUGGAUCAUACUCAUAAAUUUUCAAAGACAAAAGAAUUUUUGGACUUUUUCUUUGUCUCCAGCACCAACCCUGCCAUGUAAUUCAGGUAAGUUAAUGGUCUGCAAGAACAUAUCCCAAGAAUCAAGGGGAAAUAAUGCAUGGUCAUUUAUGCAAUAAAAAAAAUGCCAGCAGAUUACGGAAAUCAAUGAGACGGUGAUCAGCACAAUCACUCUGACCAAGCUGGCAUACAUUUUGUAUCCGAAUUUAGUUUCUGAUUUUUCUGUUAAUCCACAUUUUAUUAUCUUUUAUGUGUUGGCAUAAGAAAAUAUCCUCAAUAUUGUUCUGUUUUGUGUGUGAUCAAGGAAUUUUGAACUAUUUUAUUUAUCAAAUAAACGAAAAUGUGGGAAAGAAAAGAAACGCAGCAGCCCAUGUGUGUAGACUAGAGUGUAGUGUGGUCCACAAGCUCACCAACCUUGAAACCUGGUAGAAUUUUGUCGGUGCCAAAAAGCUGCUGCAAUCACAUGUUGAGGGCCCUCGUUUCUUUAAUGGUUUA